AAGCCGUGGCAGCGUGUGCUACAAAAAGAACCUCGAGGAACGCCCGGAAGAAGUCUUCGAACGCGACUUGGUGUCGAAACUGGACUGCGCGCACCCCUGGAUCUUCGUUCACAAGAAAAUACGUUUAACCAAUCGCGUACACUAGCUGUUGCCGUGGCUGUAUGUUUGGGCUAGAAAAAAUACCAAUUUCAUACUAUCACGUACGUACCUGUUUUGUGUUGGAGGAUAUGUUGUCGAAGCAGCAACGUGCAUUGCGUGUAAAAGCCGUCGAUCCAAAGGUUGUUGAAGCUGAUACUUUGAUACGAGAGCAUCGCGCGGGCCACGUUGGCCGUUGACCACGCCGAAAACGUUGGCGGGUUGGUCGCGAUCACGCCGUCGAUCCGAAAGCAAGGUCGACUUGUCGGCGCGGAAGCAAAUGCCACCGCCUGGAAAAUUAUGUGACGUCGUUCGUUCCACAUAUGAUGACGCAGCCUACUUACUUGGUACGACGGGCACUCGGCACCGCCCAAACUUGCCAACUGCUGCCGGGGAUCGAACGAUGCGCCCAGGCGAAAGCUAUUGACGGUGCUCUCUUGAACAUGGUGAGUAGGUGGUUCCAUUUUUGACAGAAUAGGUCAAAUGCAAACGCUACGCUUGUCAAUGACUUCAAACGCAACGUUUGUGCGCACGAGGCCAAGACGAAGACAGAAGAGUCGAACGCUUGAGAGAAGUUUGGCUCGGACGAGUGGAUUUCCAAGCAGUUGCCGCUGGCGUGCGGGGAUGUUGCCAAACAAGUUUUGCACGGUCACGAUGGUCCCAGGAAGGCACUUCUUCGACGACACCCGUCCUUGGAACUCGACGUGUCCGUUCUACCAUGCACGUCAGUCCACUUGUUGCCUACGGGCGGCGCACAGUGACGAUUUUUCGGUAAGUGUUCCACGAAGUAUUGUUUCGGCUUUCGAUGGUGAUUCUGGAUAGCUUGGACAGGCAAAGUAAACUGUCUCCUCCCCAUCCGUUGUACUUGUACCCUUGGGAAUUGAACAAGUCGUCCUUGGAGGUUGCUAGCGAGGGUUAUUCAGUUGAAUUUUUGACUGAUGUCACCUGCGGCGGUGCACACCAGUGCGCAGAGAUCGGUUCCUCGAAUACCAUGACCUAUUCAGAUUGCUCAACUGAUCUCGAAAGAACCCACAUAGCCCCUCACAGUACCUACCAUUGUCGUUC